GCAAUGCUACAUGUGCUACAAGGAUAUACUCUUGUUUUUGGCCAACGCAUACUCUCGUGAGUCAUUAUUCCUAUAAUUGAUGUGGUCCUAAAUAAGAAAAAAAAACACCCAUGGAUUGAGUAGAACUCGUUCACUUCCACAUUCAAUGCGAACUAGCUGCAAGCAGCCAUGGCAGAACUCUGUGAUUUGCAGGUCCAUAUCAAUGGUCAACAAACAUUCUAUCUCCACGAGAAAACGAUAUCAAGAUUCUCGGGGAAGUUAAGGAAGAUCAUCAAGAAAGAAAAGAGAAAAACCCAGAUCAGAAAAACUGGAAUCGAGAUCAAUGAUUUCCCUGGUGGGUCAGAUGGGUUUGAACUGUUUUCAAGAUUCUGCUACAACAAUGGCGAAAUCAAUAUCUCAGUAUCCAACGUCUCUCUCCUCCAUUGUUGUGCUGUUUUCUUAGCCAUGAACGACACUCUCUUGCCCAAAACCACCGAAGUUUUCAACCGGAUGUUCGACUGGUCUAUGACUGACGUCAUCGUCUGUCUCAAGAAUUGCGCACCCUUCAUCACCUACGCAGAUUCUUCCGGUAUCAUCGAAAAACUCAUCUCCACUCUCAUCAUCAAAAUUACCCAAAACUCAGAUUCCACCAUUUUGUUCCCAUCUUCAUCUUCUUCAUCUUCACCAGACAGUACUGUAAAGUCCAGUACUUUGUUACGACUCUCAUCUUGUUCAUCUAGCAAAGGUCUAUGGUGGUUUGAUGAUAUGGCAAUUUUACCCCCAGCCAUAAUAGAAAGAUUUGUAAAAGCCUUAGGUGCUUACGGCAUUGAAAACAACAGUCUUGUCGUCACAAGAUUCCUCCUCCAUUACCUAAAAACCUCAUCUCAAUCAAAAACUCAAUCUUUUUCAAAGUGUGACUAUGGUGGUCUUGCAGACACAGCAGUUCAUGGGGUGAUUCUAAUGGGGAAAACUGCAUUUUCUUGUAGAGGGUUAUUUUGGGUAUUAAGAAUUGUUUCGAGUUUUGGUUUGAGCAGAGAAUGUAGAGGUGGGUUAGAGAGAUUGAUCGGUGGGGUUCUUGAUCAAGCAAAAGUGGAUGAUUUGCUGGUGAGUAACAAUGGAUCAAGUGGUGUGUAUGAUGUGAAUCUUGUUUUAAGAUUGAUAAGAGAGAGUAAUAAAGUUGAAGGGGGGUGUUUGGACAGAAUGAAAAAAGUUGGGGGGUUAAUUGAUAAAUAUUUGGGGGAGAUUGCACCAGAUCAAAACUUGAAGAUAUCAAAGUUUUUAGGGGUUGCAGAGAGUCUACCAGAUUGUGCAAGAGAUUGCUUUGAUGGUGUCUACAAAGCCAUUGAUAUAUAUCUUGAGUCGCAUCCAUGUCUAUCGUUGGAAGAAAGAUCAAGGCUAUGUAGGUGCUUGAACUACGAGAAGCUAAGCUUGGAAGCAUGCAAAGACCUAGCCAAAAAUCCUAGGAUCCCACCAAGAGUAGCAGUCCAAGCGCUUGUUUCACAGCAUUCGAACAUACCAAUUGCAUACACCAGCGACCAUAAUGACUAUUCCUACGUAAACGACCAUGAUCAUGACACCCCUUUGACCAAAAGCAGCAGGGAACUCAUGGUGCUCUAUAACAACAAUGGUGCCAAGGACCAUCUUCAUUAUGACUCUGCAGAACAUACCUCGAAAAGCAGCUCAAGGUACGACCACAAAGACGUUGAUCCUGAUGGUGUGGUGAAAUUGAACCUGCAAAAGAUGCAAUGGAGAGUGGUGGAAUUGGAGAAGGUUUGCAGGGAGAUGAAAGGUCAGAUGUCAAAAAUGGUUAAGGGUGAUCGGCUCAUGGUCUCUAGUUCGUCUCAUGGUAGACCAUUGCCAAGAUUGUGUUGAACCUUUGGAGGUUUUACGGUUUAUUUUUUGAAUCCCCUUUUUUUGUUCUUUUGAAGUGUAUAAGCUAUAUGUUAUGAGCGUGAUUUUAUGUAUAUUAAUUGCUUGAAAUAUGGGUUUGAUCA